CAUCAUCUCGACGCGUUGACUGUUCGAGGGACUAUCGUUCAUGGACUACCAGAACAUGUACUCGUCUUUCGGCGACGAGUCUUCGGCUCAAAAUCCCUCGGAUAAUCCAGCUGCCUCGACUCCCAAUUUCAUGCAGUUUGUGCUUUCGUCUUUCCCGAAUCUGGCGCAUCCUGGUCCUGCUCACGCUCCAAACUCUUCCGCGGCGACUGCUCAAAGACCGUUCCUAACGCCUGCCAACUCGAGCAACCAAAUCACACAAAGCCCUGUGCACCAACCUUCCCCAACCGCGUCCAAUGAACGCACGAACACUACCUGGACCGAAGCAGAAUGGCAGAAAGUCUACAGCAACACACCUGACGGAGUUGCCGAGCUGCGUGCAAGAUGGGAGGCCGACUUGAGCCGUACUGAACUACCUCCACCACCGCCUGAGGUGCAUGCCACCAAGCAAGAGGGCAUUGAUGCCGUCAAGAACUUUGCAAAGGAUCAUGGCUACGUUCUGGUCAUUGGCCACUCUUACAAGGACAAGAAUGGCGAGACGAACAAAGUCUUGUUGACUUGUGAGAUGGGUGGUUACUUCCGUGACCAUUUCAAGAAGAAUCCAGGAACCAGAGUGCGCAACCGCAUGAGCAGAAAGACUGGAUGUCCAAUGAAGAUCCUCAUCUCCAAGCGACGCUUCUCUGACGAAUGGGUCACUGUCAUCAAGGACCACAAGCACAACCAUGGCGCAUACAGAGCCAAGGUCACACUCACUGCUUCGAAGAUGCCCGAGCUGGAAGACGCUCUGCAUGAAUGGCACAUGGCCGAGAUUGCAAGAGGCGAGGCUGUGCACGGAAACACACUCAAGGCCAGAGCAUUGGCAAUGUACGCUGAGAUGCCACAAUAUCGCGGCAAGUCUCCACCAAACCUUGACAGAGACUGGCUCGAUCAAUACCGCAUGCGCUACAACCUUCCUGGCAAGGUGACAAGGCCACCGAUACCAGGCAUUGUCCGAGGUCCCAACAACCCCGAGCCCACACCAAUCAAUGUCGACGACCAGCUACCUUUGGAGCCUCCAGCCUUCGCCGACUUGGAAGGCAUCUUUCCAUUGGAGCAGAACCUCUUCUGGCCCACGAAGCAGUUUGUACAGGAGUACAUGUCCCGCUACGACGCCUCGCACGACUUCAAGCACGUCACACGAGUUUUUGCCCUAUCAAGACGCAUUCUGGAGCAGGAGACACAGUCUUUCCAGGGAGUCACGUACGACCCACAAGCCGUUCUCCUUGCGGCUAUGCUGCAUGAUGUCGGCGAUCACAAAUAUCACAAGCCAGGAGAGAAUCCAGAAAACCAGAUUGCAGAACAUCUUUUGGAGCAUGGAGCAAGUCCCGAUCUAGCAAUGAAGGUGCAACUCAUUGCCAAGAACGUAUCAUUCUCCAAUGAAGUCAAGAACCCUCGCAUGAUGAAGGCGGUGCUUGACCAACACCCGGAACUGGGUAUUGUGCAGGACGCCGACAGAUUGGAUGCGAUAGGUGCAGUGGGUAUCGGCAGAUGCUUUGCAUUUGGCGCAGUCAAGCAACCAGACAGAGGAUUGGACGGAAGCAUCGAGCACUUUGUCGAGAAGCUCGAGAGACUGGAGAACAUGAUGAAGACACACUCCGGACGUGAAAUGGCCAGAGAGAGAACUCAACGUCUGCAAAUAUUUAGACAGUGGUGGGAUGAGGAGACCUCGAUGCAGAUCUGAUGCAUCUGAAAUGUUCAAAAGGAGGCAGGCAAUGGAAGGAAAGGGGAAGGCGUCUAUGGCUUACAUCAGAUACCCAUUACCAUGAGUAGUUACUAGUGAUACCAGCACAGAUGAUAGCUGCAGUAUAGCUGUUAUCCAAGAAUAAUGCAUUGAUCAAAGCA